AUGUUCACUGAUCUCACAUGUCUGAUUUGCAAACACAAGUUCAUGCAACGUGCAGCCGCAUCUAAGAUUAAUGAGAAUAUUCCGUCGCAUGUGCAAGAUGUUGCUGAAGACCUAGCAUCCAGUCCAUCCCCCAAACGCCGAAAACUAGGAUCUAACCCUCAAAAAAGUCGAGGCAUACCCAACCCAGAGCUGCAGCAGAUGCAGUCAGCCAUCUACGAGGACGAGGCUAAGAAGGAGAAGGCUCUGGAAAAGCUUGCGAAGGAUACAGGGGAAACUAAAUGGGUCUUGAGUCAACCGGUGUUUCAAGCUGAUGAGUCUAAGAAGGGGAGAAAGAAUCCUCAAUACUUGGUCAUCGGCGACGGCCAAGUGGAAGAUCAUGACCGAGCUUAUAUUGGCAGGAGGAGGUUUGGAGUAUUGAGCAUUAGCCACCAGAUAAAGGACGAUCAGCUCAAGGAUUGUCUGCUCCACGAUGUCGUUCAAGUGAUCCUGAAGAAGACUACAGCAUGGACCAGUGGGCGGGUCAAAAGCCCCCCAGAGCAAUACAAGAAUCGUUGGUUGGUCAAGAAAGGGGUAAAAAGAGAAGCGAGCAAGGUCCGAGAGUUCGACAGACAGUAA